AUGGCGCCCGAAAAUGAGGACACACGGAGGUCCUUCUCGAGGGACCUGGAACGCGGGCCAGAUGUCAUGGGGUCGCGCCCUUCGGACGUGUCCGCUGGCGAUGGCAUCGGCCCGGCUCUGUCAUCCUCCAACUCGUCCAUUAUGGGAGAGGACGUGCAGCCCGAUGCCGGCGAGGAGUGGGGGCCACAGCAUCCGUGCUACCCUCAUCUAAAUCCUCACGUUCCCAUGGACUCGGCUGAGUACGCGACAACACGGAUCAUCCGCAUCCGCCGCGACUGGCUCCUCCAGGGUGACCUGGCGCCGACAUUUUCGAACUUGUACCCCGAGAUCCUGGAUCCCGCGGGAAUAUCUGAGCAGGAGUUCCGCCGCGUCAUCGAGAAGCUCAACGGAGAGCUCGUGCCCAUCUUCGACCCGUAUAGCCUCCGCAACGUCAUGGACAGCUUCCUUGGUCUCGUGACAGGCUGGCUGUGGGACGACUUUGGUCUUACGGGCAUCAAGGCGAGGCUCAACAACUUGGAAAAGUGGAUCGACAGGUGGAACGUGGAGAUGGCCAAGACGCUGUCGUCGGAGGACGGCAUUAUUCCACCCAGGAUCAUCUCGCUGCGGCGGACGGGAUACAUGACGCUGGACAUUCAAAUACCGGACCCCGAAAUCGCCCCCGCGCCUAGUAGUACGGGCGCGGGCGAGUCGCGAGCAGGACUACCUACGGAGCUGCCCAUGACAAUGGCGGUGUGA